AUGAUCGCACAUGAUGAGAGGCAAAAGUCUAUUAAGCCGAGUUCCAAGAUCGACAAUGUGGCUUUUCAGACUUCAGCUCCAUCUGGUUCUUCUUAUGAUACUCAAUUUGAGAACACGGCAUUUGCAGCUCAACACCACAACAAUUUCAAGUCGAAGCAACGUCCUCUUUGCACCUAUUGUGGUCUACUUGGUCACAUUGUUCAGAAAUGCUACAAGCUUCAUGGCUAUCCUCCUGGACACAAGCUCCAUGGCCAAGAAUCUUCGCAGCAGAAUAUGCCUCGUGGUCAGAACAAUUACGCACCAAAGAACAAUUCUCAGACUCAAUCUCGGUCUACUCAGUCAAAUCUGCAACAGAGAAGCAGCCGUCUGUUCAUCACGUUUUUCGAGGCAGAGAAGGAGAAAGGCGAUUUUGAGAGUUCCUGGAAAAUCCGAUUUUACUGUUCAUCGGGUACUGUUCAUCGGUAUGUUCAUCGGUACUGUUCACGGUUACUGUUCACGGUACUGUUCAUCGGUACUGUUCAUCCGCGAUUCGGCACUGUUCAUCGUCUUUCCUUUUUCCUUCAGUUUCAAUCCAUUGUCAAGGAGUCUACUCAGGGCUUGAUGAUUGGUAGAGGCACUCUCAUUCAAAAUCUGUAUAUCUUACAGCCCUCUACCAGCUCAAACUUCUGUGGAUCCUUGCUAGUAGAUGGAGCUCUUUGGCACCAACGCCUUGGACAUCCAUCUUUUGCCAAGUUACAACAUAUUUCCGAUCAUAUCAUUGAUGCUCCUCCAUCUGACUUGUUACCUGCUUUGUCUCAUGAUUCUGUGCCAUUACCUGAUGCAUCUCCUCAUACUCAUUCAUCUGCAUCACACUCUAAUGCCACACCUAUAUCACUUGAGACUGUUUCACGAGGUACAGGUCAGAGUCGUCUGCUCAAUGUAAGACCAAAGCGAACAGCACGAGCUCCCGGUUACUUAUCUGAGUAUCAUUGCGCUCAAAUCUCCUCUUCUUCUUCUGAGAUUCCUUCCACCACAGUUUAUCCUCUCUCUUCUGUUUUUGCCUACUCAGCCCUUAAACCAAUUUCAGACCUAUGUUCUCUCAUAUUCCCUUGA